GAUUUGGCUAGUGAAGUGGUGUUUCGGUGAUGUUUUGAAUGCUUGCUUGAACGGUCUUUUGGAGAUUUUUCCUUCUAGGGUUUCGAAAAUUUGGGAGUCAAAUUUAUGCCCGAAUCAUCACAGGGAAUGGGAUUUGUGUUAAUUUCCUCCUUCUUCUCUUAUCUUGUUUUUGUCUCCGUCAAUUUCAAAGUUUUUAAGGUAAUAUUCCUGGUAUUUGUUCUUCUUCAUCUCCUUCUUCCCUCCUCCCUUUUCCCUUUAUAUGAUGUUUGGGUUUGACUAUUAUUAUUCAGAGUUUCCGACGUUGAACUCUUUCUCACAAAUAGAAUUAUUAUCGUACUAUUCUGGCGGUAAUGAAUAAGGGUUCUUGGACAAACUAUAGUGAUGCAUCGGUAGAACUGGAUAACUUGAUGGAAGGAGUUAGUGAACAGAUGCUUGCAUUGGAGCUUGCUGAGGCUCAACUUGCUGAAUUGUGUGCUACGACAGUUGAAGAAAGAGCUAAACAUGAACGUGGCAGCUACAUGGGUGGAGUGAUAAACCUGGAUAAUAUUAAGGAAGUUAGGAUAAAGAUAAUGGAGACUAAGCUUGCUGAGGCUAGGACCAAGCUUGCUGAGGUUAGGGCUGAGCUUCUUAAACUGCGUUCUAGGACAGUCGAAGCAAGAGCUAAACUUGAACGCAUAAUGUUAGCAGCCAAAACCAGGGCUGAAAAAGAUUAAGGUGGUCCCAAUAAUUGUGUCUUCCAUAGGGCUCGUCUUAGCAUGACUUCCAUUCGUCAAAUAGUUGCUACUCUCUCUUUAAAAGUCUGAAAGUUUGAUAAGGGUGGUAAGUGAAGCACUUAGUAUAUUAUUGUCCGUCUUUAGCACUUAGUAUAUUUAUUGUUUUACUUUUAUACAAGUCUCUGUGUUUUAAUACUUAUUGAGUGAGGUUAUUUCCUGCUGAUUCUUAGUGUUUUUGAGUUGGUUUAAGUUUCUGUUUGAAUGAUGAUGGAGUGGUUCUUGUUUCUGCAUUAUUGUCGAUUGAAGAAUAUGAGAGAACCUUUGAAUACCAUUUCUGUUUGAAAC